AUGUCUACAUCUGCUCAGACCACGCCCUUCGCCCCUCUCUUCAUCGACGGCCAAGCUCGUCCCGCAAGCGGCGAUGCUAAGUACGAGGUCCACAACCCCUAUUCCGGAGAGCUCGUUUCGUACGCCGCAAGUGCGUCCAGCAAGGACUGCAGGGAUGCCGUCGACGCCGCGGUCCGUGCGUUCCCCGCCUGGGAGAAGUCGUCCUUCGGACAGAGAAGAGACUUCUUCAUGAGGGCCGCCGCGCUCCUAGAAACAGACAAAUACAGGGCGAAGGUGGAGGAAGCCAUCAAGGCCGAGAUCGCCGCCACGGAUUUUAUCGUGAACUUGAACUUGAACAUGGCCGCGGAGAUGCUGCGCACGCUCGCUACGCUGGUCACGGAACUGAAAGGGGAGACGUUCCCGUCGCACAUCCCCGGAGGUCAAGUACUCGUCCAACGGAGGGCACAGGGCGUUGUGUUCUCUAUCGCGCCGUGGAAUUCGCCGGUUAUCCUGACGAUACGUGCAGCCGGGUACCCUAUCGUCUGCGGAAACACGGUGGUCUUGAAGACCUCCGAGGUCAGCCCGCGUAUCCAGUACGUCAUCGCUGAAUUAUUUCACGAGUCUGGGUUACCGAACGGUGUUCUCAACUUCAUCCACACCUCCCGCGAGUCAGCUCCCGCAAGGACUGCUGAAAUCAUCGCACAUCCCGCCGUGCGCAAGAUCAAUUUCACCGGGAGUGAUCGUGUCGGAAAGAUCAUUGCCUCCGAGGCUGGGAAGUAUCUCAAGCCAUGCGUGCUCGAGCUUGGCGGAAAGGCACCUGCAGUCGUCCUGAACGACGCAGACGUCCCUCGGGCAGCACGCGCCAUCACGUCCUCGGCGCUCGUCCAUUCCGGCCAGAUAUGCAUGUCGACCGAGCGUGUCAUCGUCCAGCGCGGAGUGGCGGCCGCUCUGAAGGCAGCGCUCGUGACGCAGUUCCGCAAGUUUAAGUCCGGCGGGCCGGGGGAGGUGCUCUCCGCGCAGUUCAGGGAGGAUUCCGCUGAGAACGUCCAGAACAUGCUGCGAGAGGCGAAGCAGGAUGGCGCGGGAUUCCUCCUCGGCGAUGGGAGCAGAGAGGGAGCGGUUAUUCAGCCGCACAUCGUCACCGGCGUGAAGCCUGGGAUGCGAUUGUGGGAGCGGGAAAGCUUCGGGCCCCGUGAGCAUGACGCUGCUGACGAGGCUGUUGAGCUCGCCAACGCGACGACAUAUUCUCUCGUAGGAAGUGUUUGGACCAGAGACCUUAAUUUGGCUCUGAACGUCUCAAGUCGCAUCCGAUACGGAUGCGUCAAUGUCAACGGACCGACAAUACACGUCGAAGACACCAGAGAGCAUGGUGGCCUCAGCGGGGCGUCUGGAUACGGCAAGUUUACCGUGGAUGCAUUCACCGACUCCAGACUGGUGGUGAUCCAUCCAGCCGAGCCCCCGCCAUACCCGCUCGUUGACUUCAACUGA